AUGAUGCUGUCCAUGGUGCUGACGGCGCUGGCCGGCCUGGCGCUGACCACAGUGCCGGUGCUGACACAGAAUGACACGGAGCCCAUCGUUCUGGAAGGGAAGUGCCUGGUGGUGUGCGACUCCAAUCCGACAGGAGACUCAAAGGGCUCGUCCUCCUCCUCCCCGCUUGGGAUCUCGGUCCGCGCCGCUAACUCCAAGGUGGCUUUCUCCACUGUGAGGAGCACCAACCAUGAGCCUUCAGAGAUGAGCAACAAAACUCGGAUCAUUUACUUUGAUCAGAUCUUAGUAAAUGUGGGUAAUUGUUUUACCCUGGAGUCGGUCUUUGUUGCCCCAAGAAAAGGCAUUUACAGUUUCAAUUUUCAUGUUAUCAAAGUGUACCAGAGUCAAACUAUUCAGGUCAAUCUUAUGCUUAAUGGUAAACCAGUAAUUUCUGCUUUUGCUGGGGACAAGGAUGUGACUCGUGAAGCUGCCACUAAUGGAGUCCUGCUGUAUUUAGAUAAAGAAGACAAAGCAUACCUGAAACUGGAGAAAGGUAACCUGGUUGGUGGAUGGCAAUAUUCAACAUUUUCUGGCUUCUUGGUUUUCCCUCUGUAAAUCCCAACAAAAUAUCUUUGAAUCUACAUGCAUAAUUUUCUUGAUUAUAAACCAAUUGUCCUAUGUGUUGUUUUUGAGGAUCAUUUAAAAAUUGUGGAUCAUUUGUCCCAAGUAUUAAUCUGGACUAUAUCUGGUCGUAUGAUACAAAUACUCUCAGUGGAUGUGAAUUGUUUGGUUUAUUUGAACCGCUUUAAAAACCUCUGGAGGGAAAGGAAAGUUUACAACAUCUUAUCUGAUCUGCACAAAUGAGAAUGGACAUAAAGUGGAAAAUUUUAAAUGAAAGGAAGACACCUUAACUGCGGUUGACGUUAAGAUGGAACAGUUUGCCUGCAAAAUUAGUGACAAAUUGUCUGGACUGGAUACAUAUGUGUACAUUCACAAAUAUGUUUUGCCUUUAAAAGCCUGUCAAUGAGGUUAAAUGCAUUUAAUAAUGGCUUAAAUUUAGGUCGCUUAAUAAAUACACCAUACCAAGGAGAAAAAAAAACUGGUUUACCAUAGUGUAAUAGUGGAUUUGGGAUGUGUAUGUAUGUUCAUUACCAUGCCUCAUUUGCUUACA